AGUCACACACGGCCAGCCUAACGUCAUCUCCCACUCACACCAUGGAUGACCGAGAACUCGCCGCGCGCAUCAAGGCGCUCUCCAAGGCUGUCACCAGCGAACCUCCUGCGACGGUCAUCAAACUUUUGGAGGAAUUGAAAAGAGAUGCAAAGCCGACCGAGGAACAGCUUCGCUCGACAAAAGCAGGCGUGACCGUGGGAAAGCUGCGAGCCAAUCCCAACAAGGACAUCGCCCGUAUUGCCAGCGAGAUCGUCAACAAGUGGAGGAAGCUCGUCGAAGCUGCGAAGGAGGCGAAGAAGAAGAGCCAGGCCGCCGCGGCCUCCGGUGCCAGCUCCCCAGCACCCAAUGCAUCCCCGGCGCCCGCAUCAUCCGCGUACAACAAGCCCUACACUGGUGACGUCGAGAAGCGCCAUUUCAAGACAGACAAGGUCGACAUCAACCGAACCUCGAGCCAGACGCGCAACAACACCAUCGGUGUGCUCUACAACGGCCUCGCUUACCGAAGAACUGAGUCGAUUGAGGAAGUCGUCAAGCGUGCCGUCGAAGUCGAGAAUGCCCUCUUCAAAGCUUGCAAGGGCGAGAACCAGGAGUACCGGAGUAAGGGUCGCACCCUCUUUACCAGCCUGAAGCGCAAGGACAACGCUGCGUUGGGACGACGAGUCAUGUCGGGCGAGCUGCCGGUCGAACGCCUUGUCGUCUUGUCGGACAAGGAGUUGGCCUCGGAGGAACAGCGUGCUAGGGAUGAAGAGCUGGAGAAGGAGAACAUGAAGAAGGCCCAGGUACCCAUGGCGGAGAAGUCGAUCAGUGAUGCUCUGAAGUGCGGAAAGUGCGGACAGAGGAAGGUGUCGUACAGCCAGGCGCAAACACGGUCGGCUGAUGAGCCUAUGACGACCUUCUGCGAGUGCACAGUUUGCGGAAACCGCUGGAAGUUCUCUUAAAUGGCGGGGCACAACAAGCUCCUUC